AUGGUACAGGAUGAGGCCGCGUCUGAUUAUUCCUUGUCGACUGUGGAAUCAAACCCAGAUCCGGGAGGUGUUUUCGGUGAUGGCGUUUGUCCGUCUCUGGCAACGCACGAAUCUGUGUAUAACGCCGUUAAGAAUCGAUGGGUUAGAGCCUCGACCCAGGAAGCUACCUGGAGCGACGAUGAUCCUUAUCAUAUACGAUCGUUUUUGGAACGUGUCGAUGGUGUGCCUCCCCUCCGCGUCAGUAAUCUCGACGGCUACUAUCGGAGAACGCCACACCACCAAGCCGAUCAAGUCAAGGCCAAUUUCACCAUUCCAGGCAUUAUGCGUUUACAGACUACUGAUGCUCCAAAUUGCUCUCAACCAAUGAAGGAUAUCGAGUUCAAUGUGUCACUGGGCUCCUCGACAUGGUCUACGUUUGCCGAAGCCAACGAUGAGAUUGAGCUGAUGACAAGCUCCUUCCGCAAAAGCCCUUGUCGGCUGAAACACUUGAGGCGGUUAGUCUUGGGUUGGUCCUACGCAUUAUCUUGCAGGUGGGCUGAGAUCGUGCAGGCCAGUGGACAGGAGGUUGCUGUUCUUCACCAAGCGAAUUGGAGCUCUGAGGAAGCAUUUUGGAAGAUGAUAAAGGAUGAAAGCUGGCAAGUCCACUUCACCCAUGAGAACCAAGUUUAUUAUUCUCCAUUCAUGAUCAAGAGCGAAGGUUGGAUCACAAGUCAUCAGUAUGCCAUCACCAUUUUCACCUUGUUCCUUUGCGACGCUGACAAGUACUAUAGUCUGUCUACAAAACCGGCAUUGGCGAAUUUCAGCAAAGUGUUUGAUCUACUGCUACGAUUUUGUACUCGGCACCUCCUGUUGCCUGAGUUCUUUGUGGCUAUGACGAUCGCUGUGUUGUCUCCGCCUACUUUCCGAAGACCUCUUCCAAAAUUGAUGCCAUGGAUUCCAAGCCCGGCCCUGGAAAUAACCACCUCGGGUGGGACAGUUCCUCCAGCUGCAUACGAAGUCUUCGAUCGAAUUGAUCAGAUUUUAAUGCUGGGAUCCAUAAUUGAAGGGACGGAUUCCUUUCUCUCUGAAGCAUCGUUCGAUCCCUCAUUGCCUUGUAAUAUCUUGGGCGCACAAUAUAUGGCAAUAUUUUCUGCUCUGGACAUCGACAAUGAAGGAAGCGGCGAUCGUUUUCUCACGGCGAUCUGUACGUUGUUUCCACACCUGACCCUGUUUUGGUAUGCUGCUGCUGCUUGCGGUCAAGCCCGAGAAAUGAUGGACGAAAUAUUCAGUUUAGGUCCUCCCGUCUGUAUUCCUUUAGCGGUGUGGACGCACAGUGUACAGACCGCCUGGCAGGUAUCGUAUGUAUCCGGCAACGGAGAAGACUGCAUCAGUCGAGCGAAAGAAUUUUCCCUACUAUUCCUUACGCGUCCAGAAAUAAUACAGCCGCUGCCUCGAGCACCACCGUUUGGCAAAACCCCAAUAAGGAACUUGAGCCUUGUGUUGAGAGAACACCUCAGCCACGGUCACCGAUUUUUAUCCGCAAAGUUUUACGAACGCCUUCAAAACAAUGAUCUUCGCGAAAUGGGCAAAGAGUGGACAGGUGGCGCCAAGUCAGUGCGCUUGCAAACAUUUGUCAGUGAAACGACUAAUGACGCUGUCUCUUACCGUGAUAACUGGUUAUCCGCAUUUGAAAUCUCGAGCAAUGCGACUCGAUACCUAUAUGCCUGGUAUUCUCGCUACGAAGAUGGGAUGUGGCUGGAUGAAGGAAAUGGUAAGAGCUUAGAGGAGAUCCGCAAUCUAAACAAACACCCUUGGAUGCAGAAUCUUUUCGAAGAAGAGAGUGAAGGGGGAAACAGCCACGAGUCUCCGGAACGAACUCUUGGACAACUAGCUAUUGCUAGAUGGCGUGACGAGGUCGUUCAAGAUGCCGCCACGGUUGCCGCAUGCCUGAGACGCACAGGUAAGCGCAAUAUCCCGGCUGCAAUCCGAACUCACCAAGACAUCCGGUACGAUCGCGUCAAGGCAAUCCAAAAGACGGCACUGUCAACCAUCAGGAUGAUGCACAACACUGACUGGGCAAAAGCUGCCGAGAUUCUUGCGUCGGUCGCCCUUCCCCGGGAAGACUGGAUCCUCAAACAUGAUGCCGAGUUGCAUGCUGAGGACGUCUUCGAUGACGUCUUCAGACGUCAUACCGCUCCCGCGGCCACGGCCGACUUGUAG